AUGGCUCGCAUUGCUACGCGUGUUGCCGGGCAGCAGGAUAUCCAUGGUUUGAAGGCGAGUCCACCGAGGAGACGGUGGACGAGAAGUCAAAGUCGGGAGCUUGAGGCUCAUCCGAUGGAUGAUGUUGCCGCUGGGAAGUCUUCUCUGAAGGGUAACAAGUUGUGGAAGGGCAAAGGGAAAUUGGGCGGACAUGACUUGGACGUCGUCACAGAAGAAUCACCGCUCAAGUCAUCCCGAAAGUCGGGAUUUCCAGCUCGUCAGGUGAUUCCUGAAUCGCCUGAGGAUGUGCACAACAACACCAUGUCGGGCUCUACGAUUAUCGUACCUGAGGCAGAAACAGAUCAAGAGGAGGAUGAGGAUGAUGACCAGGACGAGCUGGGGCCAGAGUUGAUGCUCGAAACUCUUCCCAGCUUGGAGCGAUCCGCAAAGGAUGUUCUUGAUUUUCUGGUCCCUGGCUCCGCAGAUCUUAAAAGUAUCGUCAAUAUGGCCAAGCGGCUCUCAGAUCCCAGGAACACCCAAAGCAAACGUUUAAACCUCCGUAAGAAUGCCUUGAAGAACCAGCCGGGGUGGUUCGAGGGCAGGACAUACAUCGACGUCACGCGAGCUAGCGAGUCCCUCUCGUCUCAUUUCUCGAAGGAUGGGGUCCAGCUAAAUUGGAGCGCGGAGCCUAUCCUCCAUCACGCUAACUGUGCCCGUUUCGCUCUCGAGGUGCUUCUGGCUAGUAAUAAUUCAACCGGCUUCAGAAAGGCCAUAAGGGACGUGGAAGGUCAGUUUCCAGCGCCUUUUAUGCGUGAUCUGGUCAAUGGUCGGCGGAAUGCCGUUGGGGAAAGCGCGCUUUUGAAGGACACCUUCCAGCUCGCCUUGGAGAUCCGCACUCAGUCCUUGAUCAUGCAGUUGGAGUAUCGUCAGCAUGAACCCAGCUUCGAUCCGAACUUCAUCCUGGAAGACGGAUUCUUCCUGGAUGUGUCUGUUCACGAACCGAUUGACAGCGACAAUGCUCCAAUGCGUGGGUUCAACUUGCCAAGGCUUAACAUUGAUGGCUCUCUACCCGACGAGUUCAGGGAGGCAGCAUCCGAUCGCUUCGAAGAAAUGGUCGCCAAUCUACCAGAUGAAGAUGGCACCUUUGAUAUUGACGACUUCAAAACAACCUACUCCUGGCGGAGCUUCCUCCUGCGAGCGGCUCGAUGGAUUCGCAAACGAUGUGAGGAAAUUGAUCAGGACAUAAGCCGUCAGCCGAGUGCAGAAUCUGCGCGCGAGGAAUUUUUUGCAGAAAUUGACGCGAAGAAUCGUCGCAGUAGCAGCGUGGCGGGUCGCUCUAGCUUGGCUCCCCGACAUACAGAGGAAAGGAGUGAGCGGGGGACGAUCGCUUCUCCCGACAAUCGAAGAGUUUCGGCGAUCCCACCUGCAACCCCUAGAGACUCGCCGAGGGGCGUUGAGUCUAAGGAACGGAGAAAAUCUGGAAAACCGGCCUUUUUGAACAAAUCAUCUCUCGAGCGCAUAGCGCAAAGAGUAAAACAGCCCCAUGUGUCCAUCAGGGAUUUCGAGGCGCGCAGACAAUCAGACGCUGCUGCCAGACCAGCUCCAAGAAAUAUCCAUAAGGAAUCCGAAUCGCAGCUUCGGCGCCAGACCCUACCAGCGCCCCGGCAAUCGAGACCGGCAGCAUUUGAAGAAGCAACCGAAGAACAUGUCGAAGAGCCUGCCGAGGAGCCUGCAGAAGAGCCUACUGGAGAACAUAUCGAAGAGCGAACCGAAGAGCUUAUUGAAGAACAUACUGGAGAACAUAUCGAAGAGCGAACCGAAGAACAUAUCGAAGAGCAUACCGAAGACCUUAUUGAAGAACAUACCGAAGUGCGUACUGAAGAACCUACUGAAGUAUCAGGCUUCCGUGAAGAAUCGCCGCUCCUGCACCAUGAUGAACAGGAUGUCUUUAACGUGGAUAGCGAGUCUGAACUGUCUGAACUCUUUGUUGGUGAACGUACACAAUUAGAGAAGUCCCACAGUCCCGUUAUGAGGAGGUCACGCGAGCCUCGCUUUGCAACUCUCAGCCCUGUCAGGACCAGACUCUUCGCAACAGAGGUACGCCUCGAACCAACCUCGACGCAGACGAGCAACACCUUUCGCCCAAUACCCUCCAGUCAAGAACUGUGGAAAGCAGCCGCGUCACGCCGUGGUACAACUCCUACACAGACGAGCAACGCCUCGCGUCCACUGCCCUCCAUCCAAGAGCUAUGGAAAGCAGGCAACCGCGACGGUCCAUCCAAACAUGCCAAAAUGUCCGAACAGGCCUCCCGAUUCAUCGACCGUCAAGCCAACGCGCACCGCGUCUCCCCCAUCAGCCAAUCGGCCGAUCCACAAAGCGCAGAACGACGCCACACCGAACUGCAGUCCAAGAAACGACGACGCUACGAAUCAGAGGAUGAAGAGAGCGACGGCGAAUUCAGCAACUACAACCGUCCCGUCGACACUGCACGCAGGCGUGCAGAAAAGCCCGCACAGCCUAACAAACGCCAGAGAAUCGAAGAACACGACGAAUCCGCAGCUCAGCUGCUGAACGGUCUGCAAGAGACCACGCGCAGAACUUCCGUUCCUGAAUCGCCCGAGGUAGCGCCCAGGAGUACCAAUACCGUUCGUGAAUCGCCCGAGGCAGCGCCCAGGAGUACCAACCCCGUCCCUGUAUCCUCUAGCGCGAGACACACAGUCACAUCGACCAAGGCACCAGUGCGAUGGACGCCGGCCGAAGACAAGCGACUGAUUCGGUUAAUUGAAGAAGUCGGUCUAGGAGGACCCAAGGGCAGCGGAUGGUGCAAGAUCGCGAGUCAAAACGAGGCGCAGCCAGUUAAGGAGGGCGAGAGCCGCAUCGCAGGGCGCAACCAAGUCCAGCUCAAGGACAGGGCAAGGAACAUUAAAAUCAGAUAUCUUAAGUAUGUCUCUUUCUCUUGUCAAUUACCGGAGAAUAUAACUAACACAAAACAGAGACCGAAAACCUCUUCCCUCGAACUUCGAGCACGUAACCAUGAAAGAGAAGGACCGGGCCAUGCUCGCGGCGAAAGGUAUCAACGUGACUUGAUCGCAGAGGGUGAUCUUUUUCCUUCACUUUGUCUUGUACACUUGUCUCUUGCACUUAUUCUUGUGAUUUCCGUCUCCAGAAUGAUACCCCUAAUGCGGAGUCGCGCGUUCUUCGAGUGUCGUGGUUCAAUGUCGGAGCUCUUUUAUGUUUAUGCGAGCGGAUUGGGUAUCCAGCGUGCAUAA